AUGUCAAAUAUUUCAUUAAUUAAAUUUUUAACAUAUAUAAGAAUUUUCUUAUGGUAUUUUGUUAUAUUAACAAGUUUAUUAACACGUACAUUUUUUAUUAUUCAAACAUGGUCAAAAAUAUUUAUUAUAAUAUUAAUAUUUAAUAUAAUUUGUUCUAUUAUAAAUCUUAUUAUAUAUAAUUAUCGUGGAUAUUAUCAAAAAUUAAAAUAUAUAUUAAUCAUUUUUUUACCUUUAUUAACUUUUGCUACAUGUAUUAUUUAUAUUAUUUAUAUGUUUAAUAUAUAUUAUCGUAUAAUGAAUUUAUUAACAAUAAAUAUAAUGAAUAAUGAUCGAAAUAUAAGUUUAUUAUCGAAUACAUUAAAUCAUUAUAAAUGUUGUCGAAUUCAAGAAGAAAUAUUAUUUGAUUCAGUUAAUGAAAGAGAUUAUUUUAUUUUAUUUCCUACAUGUAAAAAUAUAAUUGAAGAAAAUGAAAUGAAAAAACAACAAUGGAAUAUAAUUAAAACAUGUGCACCAAUAUUUCGAUCAAUUAUAUUUUCUAUUCGAUUUUUUUUAAUAUUAGAUUUAUUAUUAUUAUCUAUUAUUAUGAUUAUUAGUUUAAUUUAUAUAUGGGACGAAACUGAUGAAUGGAUUGAUAAUAAUCAUUCAAAAUUAUUAAUAACUGAUAAUAUUAAUUAUAAAGUUAAAUAA